AUGAAGUUUGCUAAAGAGCUGGAGCAGGAGCUGGUGCCGGAGUGGAGGAUCAAGUAUCUCAACUACAAGGGCGGCAAGAAAUAUAUCAAGGCUGUGAGGACGGCGGUGCGCAAGGCUAACACCACGCCCACGCUUCAACGCCGCUCAGGCGACCUGCCACCGCAUGCCACCCCGCGCUUCGCCCGCAGGCCCACCUUCAGCGGCACCGACGCCAGCGGCCGCACGCCGGGCCUGGAGCGGACGCAGUCGGCCGCCCUCAGGCGCGUCAGCACCACCCCGGCGUCACGUGCUGCCACCCAGCCCCAUGGCUCGUCGACGAUAGCCGCUCAGCCCAUCCCGGGACGCAAAGGCGAGAGCCAGCGGCUGGCGGACUCGCCGGGGCACGACCUGCAGUAUGGAAGCUUCGUCGCCACCCCGCCCAGCGCCGGGGCCGUUGGAGGGCCCGUAGCCAUCGACUUUCAGCUCCCCGGGCCCGCCAUGGAGAGGAUUCCGUCCUAUCUGCAGCACGAACCAUCGGCUCACACAACGCCCGGACUCCGGAAUCCCUUCAGCCGAGCGGCUUCGAAUGGCCCAAAGGGCCUGGGCGUAAUCCACUCGGCUGCCCAGUCCAGCACCCACUCGCCUGUCAACGGGAGCCCGACCCAGUCGCAUCCCCCGGCCACUCAAGGCAACGGCAGGCACGCGCUGUUUCUCGAGACGAAUGACGGCGACGGCUCGCCGAUAGCAGGCCCCUCCGGGACGCCUAAGCAGCGGCUCAAGAGGCUCUUCUCACACCCCUCACCCAUGGUGGGACGCAGGCCAACUCUGAGGCCUGGCACCGUCAACACCAACCAGGACGAGAUCCGGCAGCGCGAGAGCGACUUCUUCACGUUCCUGGACAGCGAGCUGGACAAGGUCGAGACCUUUUACCGGGAAAAGGAGGACCAGGCGGCCCGGAGGCUGAUCACGCUGCGCGAGCAGCUGCACGUUAUGCGCAACAGGCGCACGCAGGAGCUGGCCGACGCGAGGCUGCAGCGGCGCGAGACGGCCCUUGGGCACGAGCACGGCAACGGCAAUGGCAACGGCAACGGCAACGGCAACGGCAACGGCGGUGGCGGUGGCGGGGGCGACUCGGCCGAAAACAGCAACGGCAAGGGCGGCGGCAGCGCCAAGACCUCGUCGCGCAACGACUGGAUGGGCCCGGCGGCGCGGGCCAAGCUCUUCUCGCGCCGGCCCGGCCCAAACUCCAAGGCGCUGCAGCAGAUGCCACAGACGCCGCACCUCAAGGGGGCCGCCGUGGCGGCGGCGGACGGGCGGCGCGACUACGCGCGGCGGCCGGCGGCGGACCAGGACGUGCCGUACCGCACGGCCAAGCGCAAGCUCAAGCUGGCGCUGCAGGAGUUCUACCGCGGGCUGGAGCUGCUCAAGGCCUACGCCAUGCUCAACCGGACCGCGUUCCGCAAGCUCAACAAGAAGUACGACAAGGCCGUCAACGCGCGCCCGCAGUACCGCUACAUGUACGAGCGCGUGGCGCCGUCCUACUUUGUGCGUAGCACCCUGCUCGACGACCACAUCGCCGCCGUCGAGGACCUGUACGCGCGCUACUUUGAGCGCGGGAACCACAAGCUCGCCGCGGGCAAGCUGCGCAGCCUCAGCCGCAAGGCCGGCGACGAGUCCGGGAGCUCGUUCCGCAGCGGCCUACUCAUCGGCGUCGGGGCCGUCUUCACCGUCCAGGGCCUCACCUACGGCUCGGAGCGCCUGUUCAACGAGGACCCGAGCGUGGCCCGGGAGGCGAGCUACCUGAUGCAGGUCUACGGCGGCUACUUUUUGAUGCUCUACCUCUUCGUCCUCUUCUGCCUCGACUGUCGCCUCUGGACGCGCAACAAAAUCAAUUACCAGUUCAUCUUCGAGCUCGACCCGCGCUCGCAGCUCGACUGGCGCCAGCUGUCCCAAUUCCCCGCCUUCUUCCUGCUGGUCUUUGGCGUCCUGUUCUGGAUCAACUUCUCGCGCCUGGGCUCGGACGACAUGUACCUCUACUUCCCCGUCGUGCUCAUCGGCGUCACCCUCCUGAUCCUUUUCUUCCCGGCCCCCGUCUUCUUCUACCGCAGCCGCCGCUGGUUCCUCUACUCGCACUGGCGCCUCCUGCUGGCGGGCCUGUACCCCGUCGAGUUCCGCGACUUCUUCCUGGGCGACAUCUACUGCUCGUUGACGUACGCCAUGUGCAACAUCGAGCUCUUCUUCUGCCUGUACCGCAACGCGUGGCUAGACCCGGAGCAGUGCAACUCGAGCCACUCGCGCCUGCUGGGGUUCCUGUCGGCCCUGCCCCCCAUCUGGCGCUUCCUGCAGUGUAUUCGGCGUUACCACGAUACUGGGAACGUGUUCCCUCACCUUGUAAACUGUGGCAAGUAUCUGAUGAGCAUCAUUGCGGCCAUGUGUCUCAGUCUGUACCGAAUCGACGGCACGCGAACCAACCUCGCUCUUUUCAUCACGUUUUCAACCAUCAACGGCAUCUACACGUCCAUAUGGGACAUCUUCAUGGACUUCUCGCUCCUCCAGCCUUCGCCACACAACUUUCUCCUUCGCGACAUAACGGGUCUGAAGAGCAAGUGGCCCUAUUACGGCAUCAUGGUCGCGGACCCGAUCCUGCGCUUCAUCUGGAUCUUCUACGCCAUAUUCACGCACGACGCCCAGCACAGCACCAUCAUGUCCUUCAUGGUGGCCUUUGCCGAGGUGACGCGCCGGGGCAUGUGGACCAUCUUCCGCGUCGAGAACGAGCACUGCUCAAACGUGGCCCAGUACAAGGCCAGCCGCGACGUGCCGCUGCCCUACCGCCUCGGAGACGACGAGACCCAAAAGCAGCAGCAGCAGCAGCAGCCGCCCAGCACGCCCGCCGGGCCGGACCGCGACGACCAGCGCGGCCUUUUGGACAGGGACGAUGGCAGCCCCGGCGCCACGACGGCCACUGGGGCGCGGACGCCCGCGUCCGCGCCGGCGACGGCUACUGGCGUCAAUAUGGGAGGCCUCGGCAUCGGCGGUGGGAAGCAGGGCGAGGCGCCACAGACGGGCGCCCGGACCCCGGGACCCACCAGCCAGGGCCAGCAGCAGAAGGAAAAGCAGAAGCAGAAGCAGGAAGCCUCCCCACCAGCGGCGGCGGCGGCGACCCCCGCCGACGCAGAAGAGGGCCGCGCAGGCGGCGAGGCGGCCGCCGCCACGACGGAGGCCCAGGCGGACGGCGGUGGCGCCGGCGUGGCGACGGGGAUCCGGCGCCGGCUGACGCGGUCCGGCACGCUGGUCGGCGGCCUGUCGCGCAUCCUGGCCGAGGCGCACAAGCAGGACUUUGAGAAGAAGCGCCGGCCCGCCGCGUCGUCGCCCGGCGCGGCCAUCCCGGACGAGGAGGACGACGACGACGACGAGGACGACGAGGACGAGGUGCGGUACCGCAACCUGCACUCGGGGCGCGCGCCCGACGACACGGACGAGGAGGGGGAGGACGAUGACGAGGAUGAUGAUGCGGGCUGCUUUAGCAACGACGAGGCCGAGGACGAGCAUGAGUACCGGGGCGGCGGCGGCGGUGGUGAUCCUUCCCCUGCGGCGGGCGCGUCGGCUCCGGUCUCGGCGCCUGGCGUCGAGAUGGAGCUGCAGGAGCAGGGCGCGGGCGGCAGGAAGUCGUAGUUUCGCAGGCGAGACUGAUAUGUCAUUUUCGCCUGCAUCACUUCCCUUUUAUUUUCAUUUCAUUUUGUUUUUAUUGUUGUUUGUUUCAUCUGUUUUACUCCCCAGAGCAACAUUUCACCGCAUUUAGAACUGACACGCAGGCGAGAGGCAACAGUGUAUUCGGGGCGCGACCAUGGACAGGGUUUUUGCGAUGAUUAAAACAUGUCAGAGACUGGCUGAGAUAGAGGUGCAUUUAGUGGCUAAUAUAAUGCGAUGGCUUCUUUGUUUUCUCUACA